AUGUGGCCUACAAGCAAGUCGCAGGUCUUGCUCUCGCUCCUCACUCCAGCUUUAUCUUCAGCCUUUUAUCUACCUGGCGUAGCUCCAACCUCCUACGAUGCUGGCCAGAAAGUUCCGCUCCAUGUAAACCAUCUCACGCCGGCGGUGGCACAGGAUGCGCAGGUUCACUCCGUCUUCUCCUACGACUACUACCACCCGGCAUUCCACUUCUGCAGACCGAAAGAUGGUCCCAAGGACGUCCGGGAAUCCCUCGGUAGCAUCAUAUUUGGUGACCGUAUCCUCACUUCGCCGUUUGAGCUCCACAUGGCCAAAAACGAAACUUGUAAGCUGCUCUGUUCGGAGGUCAAGUUCGACGGCAUGAGCAGUCAAUUCGUCAACCACAGGAUAUGGCAGGGCUAUAACAUCAACUGGCUCAUCGACGGCCUCCCUGCAGCUCAGAUAAACACUGAUGAGCAAACAAACGAGCAGUUCUACAGUCCUGGCUUCCUCUUGGGAGACAUCAAUAGUGAUGGGCAGUCAUUCCUCCACAAUCAUUACGAUAUCAACAUCGAAUAUCACCGUGUUGCUGGGCUCGGGACCAAGGAGAAGUACCGCGUUGUCGGAGUCCUGGUCAACCCUUCUUCCCAGAAGGCAAAGGUCUCCGGGGACAAGGCAGAAUGUACCGGGAAGGAUGUAGUUAUGCUGGAUGAUAAUGGCGAUACGACUGUUGCCUGGACUUAUAGCGUCACCUGGCGUGAAUCCCCUACUGCGUGGGCGACCAGGUGGGACAAAUACCUACACGUUUAUGACCCGAGCGUUCACUGGUACUGGCUCAUCUAUUCCGCCGUUUUUGUCGUUUUGCUAGUCACAUUGGUGAGCAGCAUCCUUCUCCGGGCCUUGCGAAAAGAUAUUGCACGGUACAAUCGCCUGAGCAUGAUCAAUAUGGAUGACUUCAAUGACAACGGCGACUCGGUUGAAGAUGGCAUUCAGGAAGACUCUGGAUGGAAGCUUGUUCAUGGGGAUGUAUUCCGCACCCCGAAUCAUCCCCUCCUCCUUAGUUUGCUGGUAGGGAAUGGCGCCCAGCUUUUCGUUAUGACUGGUAUCACUGUCGUUUUUGCACUCUUUGGUCUUCUCUCGCCCUCUAACAGAGGAUUUUUGGGGACUGUCAUUCUGAUAUUAUAUACUCUACUCGGCUUUGUCGGUGGCUAUGUCGCCGCUAGAACGUACAAGUCAUUCGGAGGUGAAUCUUGGAAACGUCUCAUCAUCCUCACCCCGGUACUCGUUCCGGCCAUUGCCUUCUCAACUUUCUUCUUACUCAAUCUUUUUGUCUGGGCCAAGGGGUCCAGCGGUGCUGUUCCAUUUACCACCAUGCUUCUCACCGUUAUUAUCUGGUUCGUCAUCAGCGUGCCGCUCAGUGUUGCAGGCAGCUGGGUUGGACUCAAGCUCCCUGGGUUUGAAGGGCCUACUAAGACAAACCAGAUCCCCCGUCAGAUCCCUCCAACGGUAUGGUCCCUUCGCCCUCUACCAUCAACUCUUAUAACUGGCAUGCUCCCCUUCGCCACUAUUUUUGUGGAACUAUAUUUCAUCAUGACAUCUCUUUGGACGAACAAAAUCUACUACAUGUUUGGAUUCCUCUUCCUAUGCUACGGGCUUAUGAUCAUGACAUCCGCAACUACCACUAUCCUCCUUGUCUACUUCUUGCUCUGCGCAGAAGACUACCGAUGGCACUGGCGUGCAUUUAUCGGUGCCGGUAUGACGGGGGGUUAUGUUUUCCUAAACGCACUCAUCUUCUGGGCAACCCGUGUCAGCUUCGGCGGUGUUACGGGUGCCGUUCUAUACCUAGGUUAUUCUGCACUUCUUGCUUUCCUAGUAUUUGUAUUAACUGGAACUAUUGGCCUAUUUGCCAGUUGGGCUUUUGUUCACAGGAUCUACGGCUCCAUUAAAGUUGACUAA